AUGGGCUCAAUUCUCCGUCGCUUGACUCAACGCGGUUCCGAAAACCCAAUGAAGACAGAUUCAGAUGCUGCGAUAAAAGCUGUCAAGCUUCUUUCAAAAAGUCUUGAAACAUAUGUUAAUCAUAAACAACCAAUGAUGUUCAAUGAAAUCGAACAACGUAUGGAAGAAAUUUGGAUUAGUAUUUUUGAUGUUGAGAAAGGAACGGCACCUCAAAAGAAAUAUCAACUAGCAGAGGAAAUUUUGUUUCGUUCCGAUCUUCUGAGAUUACUGCUGGUUGUGUUUCACGAUGUAAAUAUCGAUUCUAAACGAAAAAUCCGAGAUCUCUACUUGUUCCUUCAUACAUGGACUUCUAACGAUUCAGUAGAAAGUUCCUUUCCUCGUGUGAAAUCGAAACCGAAGUUCGCUCCAUCAUUUCGGAAUCUUCUUUAUAAUUGCCGAUUUGAAAUGUUUACAAUUGUCUCUAAAGGAUAUGAUCAACCGAAUAGCAUCGGUUUCUACAAUGACAUUAUUCGAGUCUUUGUUCAAGAUGAAGAUUGUCUGGUGAGUCUAUUGAAAGAUGACGGUCGUGAUGAACACAACGGACAACAACGGUCAGAAGGAUGUGUAUGGAAUGUUUUGGAUCGGUUGACUGAACACAUUGAUUUUAGGGGAUUCCAUACGAUUGCCGGGUUUUUUGAGACCAUUGAGAUUAUUUUCGGUAAUGGGUAUCGGAAACCUGUGAAGUACUUCAUCUACAAUAAUCUGACUCGAUUCACCCAAAUAUUCCACAAACUAAUCUCUAUUUCCAACUUCUUCAUUCAAUCCAAAGCUCUGAAGUUUAUUCAUGAACUAUUCGAUUCCCCACACCACUUCGAAAUUCGUCGUCAAUGGAUGGCUAAUCCGGCUCUCAUCAAAAACGUUGCUUUUGCUCUUCAGAGUCCAAUCAAGACAGUUCGAACUGAAGCUGUCAUUCUUCUAAAUAUGUUUGUUCAAAAUCCAAAUAAUUCUCCCGACGUUGCCAAAUUCAUUAUCACCAAUCGCAACAUCUUGAUCACCUACUGCUGGGAAAACGCUCCGAUUCAUUAUUACAAAGGAUUGAAAUGUGAAGAAGAGGAUGCUCGUUUUGCGGAAAUCGCUUAUAAACUGCUCAUUACGAGUUUUGAAAGACCAUUGAAUCAACAAGAAGCCAACGAUUAUGAGGAAAUGAAACAUAUUCAGCAGAAAAUAUAUUCAGAGCAAACUAUCCAAACGUUCCCCCAAGAAAUGAUUCCAUGUUCCAUAAGAAUUCCUCCGUCUUCCCAUGUGUAUAAAACUACCGUUCUUCAUUCGCCCAAAAAUCUCCGUUCACCGAUGAGAUUCGGAAAGCCACGUCGCCAAUAA